CAGGCCAAGUGCGGCACAGUCGUGGAGUCAUCGCGAAGCCGCCAAGCCGCCGUGCCAGCCAGGACAGCGGGUCGCGGGUCGAGUCCCGAGUCGCUCGCAACACUCCCAUCCUCCCACGCGAAGUGCCCCCCUGUCGCACGCGCCGCCGUAGUCGUAGCCGUCCGGCGCACGACGGCUUUUGCAGACCGCGCCGGAUAAGGCGCAGCACUCGUCGAGGAUUACCGAGGACUCCAACCAGGCCGAGACCGUGAUGAUGAAGCCCGGGGUGGCCGAGGCCCUGGCGGGGCAGACGCUGCUCCUGACGGGGGCGUCGGGGUUCCUGGGCAAGGCCAUGCUGGAGAAGCUGCUGCGGACCUGCCCCAAGAUCAAGAGGAUCUACGUGGUGCUGCGCGCGCGGCGCGGCAAGGAGCCGCGCGACCGCCUGCGCGAGCUGCUGGACGGGCCGGUGUUCGACAACAUUCGGCGCAACAACCCCGAGAUGCUGACCAGGGUGACGCCGCUCAACGGCGACUGCUUCGAGAAGGGCCUCGGCAUGACCAGCGACGACCAGCAGCUCGUGCAGGCCGAGGUGAGCGUGUUCGUGCACACGGCGGCUUCCGUGCGCUUCGACGACCCCAUCAAGUCCGCCGUGCUCCUCAACACGCGCGGCGCGCAGGAGGUGUGCAAGCUGGCGCUGGGCAUGCCCAAGCUCAAGGCGCUCGUGCACGUGUCCACGACGUACAGCAACACGAACCACCCCGUCAUCGAGGAGAAGGUGUACCCCGCCACGGCGGACUGGCGGGAAAUGAUCCGCCUCGCCGAGUCGCUGUCGGUGGACGAGUUCCAGAAGCAGGCGCCCCAGCACAUGGGCUACCACCCCAACACCUACACCUUCUCCAAGUCCCUCGCCGAGCAGGUCAUCAACGACCACCGGGACCGCCUCAACGUCGCCAUCUACAGGCCGUCCAUCGUGGUCGGAGCGGUCAAGGAGCCCAUCCCCGGCUGGGUGGACAAUCUCAACGGCCCCAUGGCGAUGUGCGUGGGCGUGUCCAAGGGCCUGAUUCACACGGCGCUGGCCGACGACAACUCCGUCAUGGACAUGGUGCCCGUGGACAUCGCCGUCAACGGCAUCGUGCUCGCCGUCUUCGAGACCAUGAGGAACAGCGUCCGCGGCGAGAUCAAGGUGUUCAACGGCUGCUCGUCGAACAGGAGGACGCUCAAGGUGCAAGAGAUCGUGGAGGCGGGCCUCAAGUGCAUCGAGAAGAACCCCCACGACCGCAUCCUGUGGUACCCCUUCGUCUUCGUGACGAGCCGGGUGUGGCUGUUCACGCUGCUCACCUGCGUCUUGCACUUCUUCCCCGCCCUCAUCCUCGACACCCUCCUCAGGCUAACCGGCAACAAGCCCUGGAUGUGGCGGACGUACAUGAAGGCGUACAAGGCCACGCUCGCCGUCCGGUACUUCACGCUGCGCCACUGGAUCUUCAGGAACGAGAAGUUCUUCGCGCUGGAGAAGGACCUGAACGAGCGGGACGCCGUCAUCUACAAGCUGGACCAGUCCAUGGACGUGGACAUCCCCGAGUUCAUGGCCCUGUCCAUGGAGGGCGUCCGGAGAUACGUCCUCAAGGAAGACAUGGACCCCGUCAAAGCCAGGCGCAACCAAAUGACAAUGUAUAUUAUCGAUCGUGUGGUUCGGGGUGUGCUCCUGUACUUCAUCGGCUCCUCAGUCUACGGCUUUGUUUCUGGACUAGUAGCAUGAGGGCGAGUUCACCGUUAAGUUAAUCAUCGUUUUAAUAUUUUUCUACCAAGUGCGUGUGUGUGUGUGACCAAGGUGAGCCGCUUUCUGUAAAAAACCUCUUAUAUUGUGGACGACGAUGAAGUCAACCGCGCGUGUUGUGAUCGAUGUCUGAUGCUGUAUGAUUUAGCGCUCAACCAAGUUUUCGUGGCAGCCUCAUUGCUGGCACGUGUCCAGAGGCCCGUGGUAGAUCGCAACAAAAAAGUGAUUUCAUGUACAUAUUUUGUCUUAGUUAUAGCCCAAUACUUAACAAAAAAAAAGUCCUGUAAGGGAAGUCGACGUGCUCAUGUACUUACUCUAGAAGUAUCAUUUUGUUGAAUAAAAUUCGUUACUCUGCGUGUACCUGUUGACCUAA